AUGCAGAGGUGGAGGCUGUGGGCUGUGGCCUCCCUGGCCGUCCUAACUGCACAGGCCUUUCCACACACUGACAUCAGUAUCUCCUCAGCUCUGCCAGAGCUCUCCCAGGUUUCCCUGUGUCUGCUGUUCUGGAUGGAGUUCAAAGGUCACUGCUACAGAGUCUUCCCACUUAAUAAGACCUGGGCUGAAGCUGACCUCCACUGCUCUCAGUUCUCAGUGGGUAGGAACUCCACCAAGCUGGCCUCCAUCCACAGCUGGGAAGAGAACAGCUUUGUGUAUGACCUGGUCAACAUCUGUGUUCCUGGAAACCCAGUAGACAUCUGGAUAGGCCUUCAUGAUCACAGGCAGGAAGGGCAGUUUGAAAGGACCAAUGGCUCCCCUUCUGACUACAGUUACUGGGGCAGGAGCCAGCCCGAUGAUGGCAUCCACACAGACACUGAAGGGGAUUAUGUGCAGAUGUGGUACCGGCCCCCCAGCACUCUCAGGUCUUGGAACGAUAACUCCUGCAGCAGGAAGUUGCCCUUUGUCUGCAAGAUUCUGGCUCUAGGUAUUCGCUGA